ACCUUUUAUACCUCCCCGUCAGAGAAUCCGGUUUGAUGACAUCACACGGCAACAGCAACAGUAUAUGGCCAAAAUGAAAUCAACGCCAGAAAAAAGUAUCAACGGUACUCCGUCUGCUUCUCACAAACUUGGUCAAAGAAGAGCUUUGCAGAUUGUAAGGGAGAACAACAGUUUUGGAUUUGUAAUAAAGGGAAGUAACCCAGCAUACAUAGAGACGGUUGAUCCUAAUGGAGCAGCAGAGAAAGGAGGUCUUCAACCAGGUGACUUUGUCAUCAAACUGAAUGGAAUAGAUGUGAGAAAGUGUAGUCAUGCACACCUGGUGCAGUUAUUACAGGAUAGUGGUACAGCUCCAAUUUUAGAGGUUUUACGGUGUGACCAAGAGGAAUAUCCAUACAGCUCUGGGGCCCAAGGUUCAAAUUCUUCCGCAUCAUCAACUUCGAGCCAUGCCGAGUCAGACUGGACAACACAAGAUAAUAAACUUAUAGUUGACAAGGAAGGGAGGACGUACCUUGAAAGAGCAGAAUUUUUGCUAACCACUAAGGAAAGGUCAAAGGUCAAGAAAGCAUGGAUAGAGUAUGAAAGCACUAGUAACAUAGUGGAGUUGUUUGAAUCUGUUUCUGCUGUCCUGGACACGCCCUCCAAGAAGACAUUAUGGAUGUUUAUCUUGGCAAGACUUUCACCACCUCAUCAACAGUAUUGUAUUAACCAAAUUUCCCUGCCUAGAGACAUUCUGUUAGAAUGCAUAGAAAAAAUAGAACAUGGCAGAAAUCACCAAAACUGGUCAGGAGAUGGUGAUACAACCAGUACAUCUGCGUGGGGCUCCCGCAAGUCCAGCAUCAAAAUAUCAUCAUUUCAACAGCAGGUAGAGUAUCUCCUCACAUCGCGAGAGAGGUCCAUGCUGAAAAAAGCCCUUCAACUCUACUCUGAAAACAGAAAUGUUGAUAACUUGAUUGAGGAUCUGGAUGUCAUUCUAGACACGCCCUCUAAGAGGACAUUAUGGAUGUACAUCAUACCUCUGUUAACACAGAUGCAUCAAGAUGUUGUUCGACAGAGAGUAGGAACAAAACAGGUGUCCAGUCUACAAACUACGUCAGAGUCUGAAUCUACUUUACCAAAGAAAUCCACAUCCAAAAAGGUACAUCCGUAUAUGUCAUCUGAUGAGGAGCAUGAUUUUAUCUCUAGAUCUGGGGACAGAAAAUCGAAAUCCAAACCUACUGCUCCCCUUGGUGGAUUAGACCUGUCAAUCAUUAAAGAACUAGAGGAGACACGAAGAGCUGUACAGGAAGUUAAAGAAUUUUUGACUAAAGGACAAAGUCCAGAAUUUGAUCGUGAGAAUUUCAAGUAUGUUACAGUUAUUCCAAUUGAACGACAGCUCCAAGAGUCGUCCUUACAUUCACCAAUUAGUAUACAGCUUCCCGGCCAAACAAUUCCAAUGACCUUGAACUCUCAAAAUAUUCCAGGGGUUUUAAAUCCCAGUCAAAGACUAUAUUCAGCACAGGAAGUUCAAAACUUAGAGGGUAGACUCUUUUCACCUGUGUCAAAUAGUGGCGUAAGACCACAUUUAAGUGAUUCUGGACCAAGAGUUAGAUUUCCCGCUAAUUUCAUGGGGUUUGAAAACACUGCUGAAAGUGAUGAUUCACCGCGGAGUCCACCAAGUUUUGUUAUAGACCAUGUGGACGAGAACAGUAGAUUAAAAAUUCCGCCAAAUUUUAUGACAAGUGGGACAGAAAGUGACAAUGAGAUUGAGUUAGAGAGGCGGGCCCAAUCUCAGCUGCUAGUAUCUAAAUUUGCUAAAAUGGGAGGGGACACAUUUAACAGACAUGCAUUGACAGCCUUAAAACAAUUGGACGCAGCAGUCGCAGCGGAAGUGUCUGACCUUGAGAACAGUGGCGAUGCUAAGAGAAAAUCAGCAGACGUCAAAGUGGCGCCAUCUAUAAAUGGGGAGACAACUUCGUCUGUACCUGCUCCACCUCCACCUCCCCCACCACCAGUUGCUCCUCCUCCUCCAGCACCUCAGCUGCCAGGAACCAGCUCACCAGAUAAAUCACAGAUGAAUGUGAAGAGAAUUAACUGGGAAAAACUUGACCAACAAAGAGUGGAAAACACUGUUUGGGAACAGAUUGGAGAAGCUACUGAUUUACAAGAUGUUGUCCGGUAUCUAGAACUCGAGCAAUACUUCUCCACAAAAUCUCCAAGACACAAUUUCCAGUGUGACAAGGCCUUUUCACAGUGUACAUGUGUAAAACAUAGAAUGUCAGCUCUUAAAAGGCUUCCAGAAAAGAAGUCGAAAAUAUGUAUACUUAAUCCAAAGAAAGCCUAUAAUCUAUCAAUAAUUUUGGGGCAGUUGAAGUUGACCUUGAGUGAGAUACGGCAUGCCCUGUACAUGCUUGAUGAGGAGGUUUUAACACCAGAACUGCUGAGACAACUUCUUUCAUAUGCUCCAAACAAACAAGAGAUGGAGCAGUUAGACUCGUAUAAUGGUGAUAUAGAGGAACUUAGUCCACCAGAUAGAUUUACAUAUGAGAUGAGUCGAGUACCAGGUUAUGAACAACGACUCAAAGCGCUGGUUUUCAAAGGAAAUUUUCAGGAGAAAAUCUCUGAAAUGAAAGAUCAUUUGCAGCAUAUUAGGAAAGCAUCAUUGGAAUUGAGACAUAGUAAAAAACUGUCAAAGAUUCUAGAGCUUAUAUUGGCAAUGGGUAAUUACAUGAACCAAGGUAACCAGAGGGUAGGAGAAGCAGCUGGGUUCAAGAUCAGAUUUUUAUCUCAACUCGAAAUAACGAAAACAUCUGACAAUAAACUGACAUUCCUACAUGUGUUAGCGGAGGCUGUGUUUAACAAGUUUCCAGAGCUUGUGGCAGUAGGGGAGGAGCUUACUACAGUUCCAGCAGCAGCCAAGUUUUCCAAUGUUCUUUUGAAUCAAGAACUUCAAGACCUGAGAAAAGUGUUACAAGAUAUUUCUAACACACUCGAGAAGUUUGGAUCGCAGAAAACAAACCUUGGUAUCAAUGAUAAAUUCCAAGAUGUGAUGGGACAUUUCAUAUCACAGGCAUCAGAUGAAAUACAAAGUUUGUUCCGUCUGAAUGCAAACACCAUGGAAGAAUUUCACAGCACUGUUCAGUACUUCGGAGAAGAUCCUAAAAAAGUGACAACAACUGAACUGUUUGGAGUAUUUGCUGAGUUUAUCACCAAGUUUGAGAAAGCUCACCGGCACAACAUUAUGUACAAACGAUAUGCAAAUGAGAAAACUUAAGAAGACACCAGGUUUCAUUUAAACAUCAUUUUUGACCGGAACAUCAUCCCGUUUCCUUUGAAGAUUUUGCUUCCAGGCACAUCACAUUUCUCAUUGACUUGUAGUUUCCUUGAAACAUCAUGAUUUGUGACUUGUCUUGGAUAUUUGAUACCUUUUGGACAUCAUCCUUCCUUAGGAUAUGUGAUUUAUACUUUCAAACAGAGAAAACUUUAGUGCCAAUCUUUUUCCUUUGGACAACUGGCUGCCAUUUAACUUUGUGUAUUCCAUGGACAUGUUGAUUUGUUUUGGACAGCCUGCUUCCAUGGAUAUCAUAUUCUGUGGAAAUUUAGCAUCAUUUGAAUAUCUUCAUUAACAUGAACAUCAUAUGCAUUUUUUUGAAAUCAAGCUUUGUUUGAACAUAUAACUUGUAAGGACAUGAAUGGUGACAUGUGAGGACAUGAAUGGUGACAUGUGAGGGCAUGAAUGGUGACAUGUGAGGACAUCAAUGGUGACAUGUGAGGACAUCAAUGGUGACAUGUGAGGACAUGAAUGAUGACA